UCCCCUAAACGAGUCCAGUUAAAAAACCAAGUUUCUUCGCCUGUUCCCUCCAUUCCAAUAAAACUAGGGUUUCCAACGGACAUGUCGAACCUAAAGAGUGACGAUGAUGACGAUUACAAGUUUCUUCGCAUCAUAGAUGCCAUGGCUUCAAUCAAUCAGAAAGUUAACCUCAUCGGCGUUAUCACUGAGAUCGGCAUAUCCAAACAGAGCAGAGGCACUGAUUGUUGCUGUACAAUAAAGAUUGUUGAUGAAUCCAAUGCAAGCUCUGGGAUCUCCGUUAACUUUUUUGCUGAAAACUUUGAAAAGCUCCCGCAUGUUGAGUCUGCUGGGGACAUUAUUCAGCUCGUGCGUGUCGUGAUGAAAAGUCAUCGGUCAGGGGUUAAUGUUCUUUUUGAUAAAAAGUUUUCAUCGUUUGCUAUAUAUGAAGGAAGAGAAGGUUCAAAAUUUACACCUUAUCAAGUUUCAUCUAAGUUUCACGGUAGAGAUCGAGACAAGAAGUUCAUCGCAGGCUUGAGAAAGUGGACAGUCAGUCAUCGACCUGAGACAGCAUCAAGUGAUUCCUUGUCACUGAAAGAUAUCAAGCAAGGAAACCAAUCCACCUUAAUUUGUAAGGUUCUUCAUGUAUGUGAAGUCAAAGAUGGUGAGUGGAUGCUUUUCGUAUGGGAUGGAACCGAUGCUCCACCAGUAAAUAUUCACACAAAGUUUGAUGAAGAGUUUGACAACCCUCUUCCGUUGCAGCUGGAAUCAAUACCUCUGUCAAGAAACGUUUUGUGUAAAUUCCCAACUGUUGGAACUGUUUUAAGGAUGACUAAUAGCAACUGCAACGAGAAGCUGGGCCUUCACUUACUGAAGCCCGGUAAAUGGGUUCAAUUUAAGAAUAUAAAUUUUGAAGUUCGUUAUGGUUUAUGGUGUGGCAUUCUGCUCUCAAAAUCUAAGUUCAGUUUCUUGCCUGACGAUGAUGACCAUGCAAUACAUUGUCGAAGGACAUAUGAAGAACGGGCGGAAAGCAAAUGGGAUCGAAAGCCGUUCACGUGCCUCCCCUGGCCUUCUAAAGUUACAGAUACGGACCAUCAAGAUGUGCCAUUUGUUACGCUAAUGGACGUCCUCACCUAUCCAGAGGUGAUAGCCAAAUUCAGAUGUGUGGUUCGGGUAGUGGCGACACUGCCAGGUCAUCCUAGGGACUUCAAAGCUCCUUGUGGUACUUACAGGAUUAGACUCACCCUUGAAGAUCCUACUGCCAGAAUUCAUGCUUAUAUAUAUGCAGAAGACGGGGUGAAGUUUUUUGAGGGCUAUCCCUCCAUUGAUACGAUGAUUAAAAAGCAUAACGCAUUGCUUGGAGUUGAAGAAAUAGAUGAUGCCGAUUCGGAUGAAAAGCCAAGAAAUCCUCCAUGGGUGGAAUGCUGCUUAUGCUCUUAUAAUAUUGAUGAGACUGACGUCUGGGGUAGCAUAAGAUAUCGGAUCUUUGAUACCACACUUGUUGGUUGAGUGCUUAAGUGAUGACCUACACAUGUUCUGUAACUUGUACAUAAGCAUCUUUUUUGAUCCCUCUCUUCCCCCC